CCAUUCACCACAGCCUCUUCUUUCUCCCUCAACAAUUUCUGCGUUCCAUCUGGAUAAUUGCUUCGAGUUUGCCUCUCAGUCACAGUAGUUUCUGAUCUGUUAAUCUUCUUCUAUUUUUUGUUCUUUAACUUUAGACUUUCUUGGCUUCUUCAACGCUAUGUCAGAUCUAUCUUGCUUGUGUCUGGAUCCUUCCUUCUGUGUUUUUCUUUGUCUAUGAGCAAUCGUUGCUGCUGCUGCUGCUGCUGUUGUUGUUCAUCUUUAAUGAGUUUGUGUAUUUUAUUCGAAUUACCACUUUGAUUUUUCUGAUCUCCAUUCACUAUAUAGUUGGUUUUUUUCAUUCUUAUAUAUUCGUGUUCUUAAACCAUCAUUCCUGUUUGUAUGAUCUCUGGAGUCCCAUUAAUCGUUGUUGUUGUUUUGUGGGAUAAAAGCAGACAAUCUCUGUUCUCUGCUUGCAUAUCAUCUUUGAUUUCUCUCCAGGGGACCUAUGGCUAUCCAUCAAUUGUUGAUGUUCCAUGUCUUCAUUUAGCGUUGAAAGUUAAAAAAAAACAAAACAAAACAAAAAAAGGUUAAAAAAAACGAGAAGGAGAAGGAGAAGAAGGAGGCAUUCCCAAUAAAAGCAUGGUGAGAAAGGUGUUGAAACUUGAAAUCACAGCAUAAGAAAUUAAGAGUUGAUUAGAAGACGGGGCUUCAAGAACAAAGCCACUUCGACUAAAGUAUUAGCACUUCCCAAAAUCCUUCAAUCUUCACCUUGUCUUUGACAAACCUGAUCAGGGAAGAAAACAAAAAUCGAGGAAGCUCCGCGGCUGGUGUUAAAAUCUUUGGGAAAGACCAGAUGGAGGAGAUCGGUGCCAAUGUUGCAAUAACAUGUGCUGACAGAUUGGUAGAUUUAGGAAUAAAAACACUUCCGUAUUUGUGUUACUACAAUAGUUAUGUUGAAGAGUUUAAAAGGGAAAGAGGAAAGUUGUCAGCUGAAAUGGAGAGUGUGCGCAAAGAUAUAGAAGUAGCUAAAACAAGAAAAAAUGAAACUGAAGUUGAUGAUGUAGUUGAGAACUGGCUUCAAGAAGGGGAAAACAUUAUUCAAAAAGACACUAAACCAAAGAAAUGGUUUGGUUUGUGUGUCAAUUUCUUUUCCCAAUGUUCACGAGCCAUGGAAUUGGAGAGGUUAACGACGAAAGACAUUCCAAGACUAAUUGAUCAACGCAAGGGCUUCACUCGAGUUGCACGUUCAGCUAGAGCUCCAGGCAUCGCAUAUCAUUCACAAGAGUUUAUGUAUUUUGAGAGCAGAAGGUUGAAAUUUGAACGACUUUUAGCGGUACUUAGAGAUGAAAAUAAUCAUAUGAUUGGAUUGCAAGGGAUAGGAGGAGCAGGGAAAACCACAAUGGCAAUCGAAGUUGGGCAACAAGUUGAAUCAAAGUCCUUUGGUAAAGUCAUCUUCAUUAGUGUGUCUACCCUUAUGGAUGAAAAAAGGAUUCGAGAUGACAUUGCAAAGCAAUUGGAAUUGCAAUUAGAGGAAGAGAAACAAGUAACACACGCACAACAAAUAUGGACUAGGAUUGUGAAUGCUGGAAAGGUACUCAUAAUACUUGAUGAUGUGUGGGAAAAGCUUGAUCUUAAGAACAUAGGGAUUCAGCCUGGCUUCCAUAGCACGGGUACCUGUAAUGUUUUGCUAACCACACGUUAUGCAAACAUUUGUACCCAAAUGGGAUGCCAAAAGAGUAUUCAACUUGGUGUCUUACCUAAGAAGGAUGCAUUGAAUCUUUUCCUUUCUCAUGCUCUUGAAAUUGGUCAGGAUUGCCUUGAAGAUUCAAAGAAAGUGGCAUUAGAUAUUGUGAUUGAGUGUGGAAGGUUACCUGUUAUAAUUGUAGCAGUGGCAAAAACCUUAAGAAACUGGCAUCCAAAUGAAUGGCAUCAUGCUUUGAUAGCAUUGAAAAGUACUGAACCAUUAAGGCAUGAGACUAUUGAUAAAGAUGCAAUGGAGUUUUAUAAUUCUUUAAAGUUAAGCUAUACUUAUUUAAAUGAUAAAGAAGCCCAAGUUCUCUUCUUGUUGUGUGCUAUAUUUCCAAAAGCUUAUGAAAUACCUAUAGAGGUUUUAUGCAAAAUUGCUAGAGGUUUAGGGCUUUUUGGAGAAGUUGACAACUAUUAUACAACAAGAAGUCAAGUGCAUGUGACUAAAACAAACUCAUAAAUUCUUCUUUAUUAUUGAAGGAUGGUGAAGAAUGUGUAAAGAUGCAUGAUGUAAUUCGCAAAGUGGCCAUGGAGAUAGCAAACAAAGAGAUUCAAGUGAUCGAUUCUAAGAAAAAAUUGAAGGAGAAUAUGAAAAUAUUCAUCUUGGAUCAUGGAUGGCUUUUCUAAUUGUUUUGAUGGAGGACAACUUGAGGUUCUCUUAAUAUGGAUCAAUGAAAAUGGUUCUUUGGAAGUUCCAAGUGAAUUCUUUAGAGCUAUGAAGAGUCUUAGGGUGUUGUUUUUUUUUCAAAGAUUGAGUUUGGGAGAACUUUAGCUCAUUCAUUGCCUAAAUCAAUUCAAUCACUAAAAAUAUCAAAACAUUAUCCCUAACAAAUUGGGAGUUAGGUGAUAUCUCUGUAUUGAGAAUCUUAGAGAAGCUUGAGACUCUUGAAUUGAUUAAUUGUUCAAUUAUUGAAUUGCCAAGUGGAAUUAGUGAGUUGGACAAUUUGAGAUUUCUAGGCUUGAUGCGUUGCUUGAUUGAGAGGAAUAAUCCAUUUGAAGUGAUUGAGAGAUGCUUGCAACUCGAAGAAUUGUAUUAUGUUUUGAAUGAGGAUUAUAUGGCCAAGGGUGGAAAAGAUCCUCAAAUUACAUUCCUUCCAGAAUAUCAAAGAUAUCACAUAGAUGGAAGCAAGUUCUCUACCUUCUAUUCUGCUCAGUUGGAUACUUCAAUAAAAAAAUGUUUCAAGCCGGGCGAGUUACAAUUUAUCUUCUCCAAACAAAUGAUUAAAUCCUUGGCAGCAAGAGCAGAGAUUCUAGAGUUAGAAGUUUAUGAAAGAGGAUGGAGCAACCUUAUUCCUGACAUUGUUUCAAUUGAUGAUCAUGGAGCCAUGAAUGACUUAAUCAAGCUUUCUUUGAAGUCUUGGCUUGAGGUAAAGUGUUUGAUCCAUACAGAGCAUCUACAACUAGAAUUUGGUGUGACUAUCUUCUCCAAGUUAGUUGAACUGCAGCUUGAUAUCGUGGGUGUGAGAGAAUUAUGUCAUGGUCGUUAUCCUACUGGCUUUCUCAAGCAACUACAGAAGCUGGAGUUAAAGGCAUGUCAAAAGUUAGAAGGCACAUUAUUUAAGGGGAAGCUAGAGUUGGGUAAUCUCAAGUCUAUAGAAAUAGUGGAUUGUUCAAUGAUAUGUCUUUUUCAUCCAUCCACUGCUCAAACUUUAAAGGAACUAGAAACGUUUAAGAUCAAUGAAUGUUCUGAGCUGAAAUACAUAAUGAGGGAUGAGGGAUCAUCAAGAGAGGAGAAAAAGGAUGAAAAGGAUCUUAAUCCAUGGAGUCAUGACUUAAUGUUUCCAAAAUUGAAACACCUCGAUGUCAAACGGUGUAGCGAAUUGGAAUUCAUAUUGCCAAUUUGUUUGUGUGAAGAUCUUCCAUUGCUAGAAAGUAUGGAGAUUUCGGAAUGUCAAAAGAUAAAAUAUAUAUUUGGGCAAUAUUCAAGAGAGGGAGGGCUGUAUCAAUUGAAAAAAGAAAUCAUCCUCCAUUCGCUAAAAGUAAUGUCUAUUGAGGAUGUUUCAGAAUUUGUGGACAUAUAUCCCGAAUGUUAUCUCCCAAAAAAAUCAGCGGUAAAUACAAGUGAGGUGUCAAAGGUAAAAGACAAGAGUCCAACUCACAAUGUUUCUUGGGGUCCUUUAUGUUGUUUUAUGUCAAAAUCAAGCACUACAAAUGAAGAUGAUCUAUCUAUGUUCAAGGCAACUCAGUUGGACCCCACUACUUCCCAGGCAUUAAAGGAGGAGAAAUAUGUUGGGAAUAUAGCUCACGGAAUUUUUACUCCACCAUUAUACCCAUUCACUUUAAGAGAGAUGAAGAUGGGAGGUAUUACCAAGUUAACGUCGAUGUUUUCUGUAUCCAUUGCCUCAUCGUUGAAAUCAUUGGAAAAAUUAGAAGUUAGAGGGUGGGAUGCAUUGGAGCAUAUAAUAACAGACGAGGGCCAUUGUGGUCAUGAUCAUAUGAAUGCCAACUCUAUCUUCCCCAACUUAUACACUGUUGAAAUCUAUAGAUGUGACAAGUUGGAAUCUAUAUUUCCAGCUUCUUGUUCUACAAACCUUUUGCACUUGCAAUCUGUGCUUAUUGAGGAGGCCCGUGAGUUGAAAUAUGUGUUUGGAAAAUCUUAUGGUGAUGAUGAUUUACUUCGUCACCAAUCAUGAUGUUGAGAUUCAUCUCCGAGCUCUCACCAAACUAUGCCUUAAAGGAGUACCAAAUGUGGUCCGUAUGUGCCCUGAAAACUACUACGUGACAGCACUCUCCCUAACUGAUAUCACUUUUGGAUCAGGAUGUCCACAACUUGCUAUAACAUCUCUUAUAAAUUUAUCUAUGGGUGAGCAUAAAGGACAAGAACAACUCUCAAGAAAAGAGGUAAUUGGGAUGCACGUGUGCAAUUUGAAACAUCUUGGUUUAGGAUCCUUGGACAUGGAAACAAUUUUUGAUCUUGAAAGACUUGGAAUUGCAAGUCCUGUGAAUUCAACUUUGGAAACCUUAAGUUUGGAAGACUUGAAGAACUUGAGGAACAUGUGUGUGGGACCAAAGAACUAUCUGGGCUUUCAAAAUCUUUUCAAGCUAACAAUCCAUGAUUGCAAUGCAUUGAAAUUUAUCUUGCCUUCAUCUAUCUCGAGAAGCCUACCAUAUUUGAGAUACCUACAGGUAUCAGAUUGUGAAGAGUUAGAGCGCAUCAUUGAGGAUGAUGAUGAUCCGCGUCACCAAGAAUGUUGCUUCCCAAAUCUCCAUAGGAUUAUUGUGACAGAUUGUGAGAGGUUGAAAUGUUUAUUUUCUAUCUCAACAAGUGGUAGGCUUCCACAGCUCUCGAUGUUGUUAAUAGGUGAUGCCCAGAGCUUGAGCAAGUAUUUGGAUGGAAGCAGGGCUCAACAGAAAAGUUGGCCAACAAGGACUUGUAUUUCCCAAAACUCUUUGUGAUACUCCUUGAAGAUCUUCCAAACCUUCAUACUAUCUGCCCUGGAAUUGAUUUCCAGACAGUGAUUUAUCGUCAUGUGGAGAAUUGUCCCAAUAUCUCUUUAACUUCGAUUAAUUUGGAUUUCGCUGAAGGAUAUGAGGACUGGUUUCGAAAUUCUGAGAGUAACAAGGUCAACAUGGAUGAAGAUAAUCUUUUUGAACAAUUUCUUGAGAGGUUAAGAGAAGUGUCUAUAAAGAGGGAUUGGCCAAUUAGAGUGGAGCAAAAUAAUGGUUCACUGAAUAUUAAGGAAAUAGCAGGCGCAAGUGUUGAAGAAAGUCCAAAAUCAGAGGAAGCUGUAAAAGCUGAUGAAAUCAAUGAUUCAGAAGAAUGCAACAAACCAGCACCGUUUGCUGUUCCUACACAGAUUGAAUCUGCACAAAGUGAAAGAGGACUUGAUUUGCAUCCUAAAGAUCAACAAUCAAAGCCAUCAGAUUCUUCCUCCUCUAAAGCAUCUUCUCAAGAAACAAUGAAGCCAAGUGUUCAAGAGGGUUCAAAAUUAGAUGAAGAGCUCAGACCAAAUCAAAUCAUGGAUCUAGAAUUAAGCAAGCCAUUGCCCACAGCAUUUGUUGUUCCUUCGGAAAAUGAAUCUCCACAUGAUAAUUUGGUUUGGGAAGAGGGCAAGGGCAAGAGAGUCACAUUGGAUAAAAAAGAACUACCAAAAACAGAACCUGAUGUGAGUCCUAAUAAUUCACAAAAGAAUACUGAAGCAAGUAUUGGAGAAUGUAUUGAAUCAGAGAAAUAUGACAAAGCAAGUUCCUCAACUUCUUCUGAUCCAAAAGUCUCAAAUGUAUACCCACUAAAGGAACCAAUGGAUGAUCGAGAAGCACUUGCAGAAAUUAUAAUAGCCAAUGAAACUCCUAAUCAAAGAAUAUCAUCAAUCUCUAUUUCGGAGAAGCCUCAAAUAGAAACUUCAGCUGGUCAAGCAGACCUAGUUGAUAUCUCACAACUAGACGAGAAUAUUUCAAACUUUAUUGAAUCUGCGCAAGUGCCUCCAAUAUCUACUAAUGUGAAGUUUCAGACAGUUACUUCAAAUAUCCACACACAUCCAUGGAGUUCAAAAUCAAAUGCAUCAGAUAUGUCUUUUGACCCAACAUCUCCACAAGGUCAAAUCAUGGUCAACCAAACAGAGACUUGCAUUGAUGAUGAAAUUAAAGAUGACUAUAUGGUCUCUAAACAAAUUGAGGAGGAUGAUCUUAUUUGGUUAUUCCGGAUGAUGAGCGAAGGUGCUGACGUGGAGGUUGACAUGCCUUGUAUCCCAAAAAUUGCAUCUUUUGAAGAUGACAAAGUGGCUGAUGCCUUUGCUGACAUAGAAUCCUUACUGAAGAUGGAUCUCAAUCAAAUAGCUAACUCUGAAGAACACACUCAUCGCCUUGAGAAUGCUCUCAGCUUCUUGUCCACUCAUUGUUCUGAGAUUAAUGAACCUUCCACACAUGGCCUUAGAGGAAAACUAGAAUCUUUUCGCCACGAAACCCAAAACAUUUUGUCUUCCUUUAAGCUAGCCUCUUCUACACUUGACACGUUCAUCAAGCAUGAAGAAAGAAAGAAUCUGAUCCAUGAACAACAUUCUCAAAGGAUGAAGGCAGCCAUUGAUCUUGUCUCUGAAAUUUCCAAGGCUGAUAACCGUAUGGCUGGCUUGAAGGAGAAGAUCUCUAGCUUGCAUGCUGAACUGAACAACAAGGAAAAGGAGCUCAAAGACUGUGAGACUAAACUGUCGUCUCUUAAGGAAAAAAAGAAGAAAAGUGUUCGGGACACCAUAGGAUUCAUGGAGGAGUAUGAGGCUGUGAAGAAAGAAGGUUCCCACAUGGUGGAUGACCAAACAAGAGCAAGGAAAGAACUAGAGAAGGUGGAGAACCAAUGGCCUUCAUGUGUGGCCAAUUUGAAGAAAACUACAUUUCUGUUGGGAAGUCUUUAUAGCCGAAAGCUUUAACUUUCGGACGCCAUUUAUUUAAAUUUCUGUAACUCAAAAUAAAACAUGUACAAGACUCAAUGUUGUGUGCACAUUAUUCCUGGGGUUUUUAUCUACCACAUUGAAGGAGUGUUACCCCUUGGAAGUGUUUCCAUUUAUGCGAUUACUAAUAUUUUAAAGUUUUGGCUGGUUAA